AUAAGAACAAGGUAUCAGAGUAUCAGAAGGACGCCGCCGUCUGUCGGCUAUCCGAGUCCUCCCUAGUGCCUCCCCAGCCGCCCUUGUCCUGCAGUCCCGAAGCGAACGAGCAAGUGAGAUCAGCGGAGCCGACGGGGGUGCCGAGUCUGUGAAUCAACAAGGUUACGGCCAGACGGGUCCCUUCCAAGAAGGAAGUGUGUGAGGGCGCGAUGAGAUGCGCGUGACCAGCGCACGGCUCUGCCGCGAGGACAAGGAGAGCUUCUGCGGCUCGGACUUCUCCGCCUGGCUCGCCUUUGUGUUUGCCUUCUCCGACUGAGACCUUUGGAUCCGGUAAUAGCAGCGCCUGCCCGGAGAGCAAGUACGGCGACGCGAGCACAACACACAAGGUUUUUCAUUCUUCUCUAGGAAUUCAUAGCACCAGUCAAGCCAUCUAGGAAUGAGAUGCUUACUUGCUCUGCCAUCUCCUAUAAUUUGCUGGAGGUUGACAGUCCAGCCUCAAUAGAAGAAAGCUCAGCUCCAGCUCAUUCUCACCAUGGCACUGGUGCAGACCCUGCCUGUACCCACUGACCACCAGAACACAGGGGUAGAAGUUCAGCACCCAGCCGUCCCGAGGUCUCCUCCCAGCCUGAGUGCAAUGGGCUCAGUGAGCAGCCUCAUCUCUGGCCGCACAUACCAGGAGCGCCAGUGUCGGGCCUCUGAAGUCACUGCCAAGUGUCGUAAGCCUGCUGUGGGGUCUGGUUCCUUCAGACAGCAGGAUGGGCAGCUCAGGAAUAGCAGCUCCCAGGAGGCCUUGGUGAACAGCUUGCCAAACCGCAAGUCCUCCUCGGUCACUGGAGCCAACGGUAAUUAUGCCUACCUAAAUGAAGAAUUUGUUGGGGACUGGAAUGACAAUAACGUGACACCCAACAGCCCAUGCAGUGAACCUGAGGAGCUACGUGAAGACAGGACCAUCAAUGGGAAUAUUGGUGGCCCCCCUCCAAAGCUUGUCCCUGUUUCAGGGAAACUAGAAAAAAACAUCGAGAAGACGUUGAUCAGGCCUACAGCCUUCAAACCCGUGGUACCAAAGAAUCGAAAUUCCGUCCAGUUCUUAUCUCCGAGGCCAGGGUGCAGUGGAGGAGGCAGUGCUGGUAGCCUGUCAGAGAGCCAAGGGAGCCUGAAUCUCCUCCUCCCUGUAGGAGGAUCUGUGGCAUGUGGUGACAAACGCAACUCAUACAGUGGGGUCCGCAAUGGGAGCAGCCACUCAGGAACCAUGUCCGACUCUGGCAGGAACUCUUUAUCAAGCUUGCCUACUUAUAGCACUGGCUGCAGCCUGUCCCAAGCGGAUGGCACGAGUGCCCAUCUGGAUCCCUCACGGGGCGCCUCUGUUCAUGGUCACUCCAAUUCUGAUAGCGGGCGUUCCUCGUCAAGCAAGAGUACUGGCUCACUUAAUGGACGUGGACAACCUCUGUCAGACAAUGGGUCUUGUGGACGGUCACCUGCCCCAGCAGAGGUAGAGGAAGGAAUGAUACGUGAGCUGGAGGAGAAGCUGAGGGAGAGAGAACUUGAGCUGCAGCAGCUGCGGGACAACCUCGAUGAAAAUGAAGCAGCUAUCUGUCAGGUCUAUGAAGAGAAGCAGAAACGCUGCGAGAUGGAGCUGGAAGACCUACGCCAGAGCUGCUCUUCGAAACUGAAGCAGGCCUCCCAGAAAGCUCAGCGCGCCCAGCAAGUCUUGCAACUGCAAGUCUUCCAACUCCAGCAGGAGAAGAAGAAAUUGCAGGAGGAUUUCUCUCAGCUGCUUCAGGAAAGAGAGCUGCUGGAGAAGAAAUGCGCAUCAAUUGAGAGGGAGCAGACGGAGCUGGGACCCCGACUGGAAGAGACCAAGUGGGAGGUUUGCCAGAAGUCGGGGGAGAUCUCUCUCCUGAAGCAGCAGUUGAAAGACCUGCAGGCAGAUGUGAGUCAGAAGGCUGGAGACAUCGUCUCCCUCAAAGCACAGCUCCGAGAAGCCCGCUCUGAACUGCAAGCCAGUCAGCUGCACAUCCAGGACCUUCACACAGCCAACCGCACCCGCACUCUGGAGCUGGAGGUGUGUGAAAAUGAGCUUCAGCGUCGCAAGAGUGAAGCUGAACUACUGCGGGAGAAAGUUGGCCGACUAGAGGAGGAGGCCACGCACCUGAGAGAGCUGCUGAAUGCACCCACUGGCCCAAAUCUGACCAUGGGGGCCACCCCAAGUGGACAUUGCCCAGGGCAGCCAUCAGUUACCUCUCGAAACCUUUGCUUGUCUGCUCCCGUAGGUUCCGGCUACCGAGAAGACGAUCCAUUCUUGGCCUACGAGAGUGAUGAGGCCAAGGCGCAAAGGCAGAACGCAGACACUUUGCAGAGUAUGAAACAUCAGGUGGAGAGACUGAGAGCAGAGCUGAUGUAUGAGAGGCGGAGGAGUGAAGACCAAUCGGAGAGCUUCGAGGAGGAGCGCAGGGUGUGGCACGAAGAGAAGGAGAAGGUAAUCCGUUACCAGAAGCAGCUCCAGCAGAACUACAUCCAAAUGUAUCGUAGGAACCGAGAGCUGGAGAGAGCCAUGAGAGAGCUGAGCUUGGAACUGGAGAGCCGAGAGCUGGAGGACUUUGAGGUGCACGGCUCCGAGAUUCACUUUGAGGAGAUCACUGCCACCGAAAUCUAAAAUCGUUUUGCCAUUUUUCUUGGAUUGUGCGUUUUUGACAAGUUGUUUUUACCUUCAGCUUUAUGUGUGGCACUCUUUCUAAAUUACUGUACCAGACAAACACCCAAACUUAUUUUUUCAAAUGGCACUCCGGAAGAGAAAAAUCCUGUAGGUCGUUUGGGGGGUAAUUCACCUCGAUUGAUUUGGAGCAAGCAGAAUAUUCUAGGAACAGAUCUGAAAGUUUGUGCAUCAGUAGGGUGUUCUUUUAGCAAGUCGAGCAGUGAGACAUAACGCCAUUCCCUCCCAGCCUCGUGCAGGGGUCCCCACCUCUGAGCACUAUGGGAUGUCUUGGUUUUCUGGCACCUGCCUACGUAAAGAUCUGCUCAGAUCUUCAGAGUGGCUGAUACCCUCCAUUACCAGAAGGAUUAUGGGGGAUGAUGUAAGCCAGGUUUAGAAUUUCAGAGGUAUAUUUUUCUAGAACUUGCUGCCAAUGCCAAAUAUUUUUUCCGUCCGUGCUCUCCCAGGUUUUUUCUUCUGCUUCCUUACGUUUAUUUGUUUUGCAUUGAAUUUGUGACUGUCCAGUUCUCAAGUGUGACCAGGCUGUAAAGAUGGAGUGGUUCACAUGUGCUACUCGCCCUGCCUGCUCACUAUCCAUAUGCUUUGCCACCUUGGCUGCCAUUUGACCACCUCUGCCAGUUUCAUCUGGUGAUCCUAUUGGAGAAGAAUGCAUCCGGCUUGAGAGGCUGUGUGCUACCUGGUUUGACAUACGUCAGCAGUGAAUGGGCUGUUGGGAAGUGUCGCUGUGAUAAGUGGCACUGCCCUGCCACGUACAGAAGAAGGAAAAAAUGAUUAUUCAAAGCCAACAUACGCUGUACAGUGUACAUAAAACAGCUUACUAAUAAAUACAGAAAGGCUGUGCGAUUGUGUGCCACCAUCUCUUACGUUAACCGCGGCCUGUGACUUUAGCGUGAAUUCUGGCAUAAAGUAGCCUGAUGUUGAAGGGUGCAGUGCGGCAGUAGGCCACAUUUUGUGAGGUACACAGUUAAUAAGUUGUGUGUGUUUAGUUUCUCUCGCUCUGAGCCAAAAAACCUCUUAGCAGAACAAUUUAAGAAGCGCUUGAACGUGGCCUGCCUUUGAAGCCGCCUGCCAGGUUGGCAGAUCUAAUCAGGUAGCUGAAAGUGGAUCUUAAGUCACAGAAAACAACCCAUUAGCCGAAAAGUGCCCACCCUUACACCCCACCUGAGGGGCUGCCAGAUUUCUUUCAUCUGUUUUUUAUUUUUCUUUUUGGUUUUGCACUCGCACCUUUAAGCCUUAUUCCAUCUGUUAAGGAGCCAUUGCUAGAAGGGGAACUUGUGAACUGGCAGUGCGUCUCCGCUGCCAAGCAAGCCACUUUGUGUCACGUGAUAAGUGUCAGACGUGCUGUGCUGUACUUGUGCUGUCAGUCAUUGAUGACAUUCCCCAUCACUGCUGCCUGAUCAAGAGGACACCUUAACCUUUAUAAAAAUGAAUAGAUUGUUAAAUAAUGGAUAGAUGGGUACCUGCCGUAUGUAAAUCAAUCGAUACAUAAAGUCAGUGUAUUCCUGUUGAGAGCAGCUGUCUGUGUGCUCAGAGGAGACGGCGCCCGAGUGACGGCUAAAUAAAGCAAUGAAGUUGUAAGUAAGUUAGCAAGUAAAUAAAUAUAUAAAUGUGUGGGUGGAUGGACUGAUGCCCUGUCCAGGGCUGGGAAUGGCCUUGUGUCCAACACCCACCUGACAGUAUGGUUGGACUCUGUGAACAGACUGAUAGGUGAAUAUAAACAAAUGAUUGGGCGAAUAUAAAAUGAGCAAAUACACGCCAUAUAUGCAAAGGAAUAAACAAACUAUAAAUACUUGCAACACUAAAUGCAGAGCGACAUGGUAAAAGCGUUUAUCUAUGGUGACUGUUGAGGUCGGGGCUGAAGCAGCAGCGUUGUGCUUUGUGGUCUACUGCUCCCCCCACUACACCACAGUAAGAGUGUCACAAUUAACAGGAGACCCCAAUGGACAUACGAGGGGACUUCAGGGUGGGACGAGCGUACAGCAGUGUGUUGGCCUGGAGCUUAUGGCAGUGGUCCUCACCAUUCAGGGGCCCCCUAUAGCCACAGGUCUUUGCCCACCCAGUGACGUGCGGUGAGGUUCAUGGCUGGUGAGGCACUGACUAAUUCAUUUCUUUAUUCACUAUUCGAUUGGCAGCCUGCACAUUGACCGCUGGUUAUGUUUCCUAUCUCAUCAGCAUUCUUUACACACACAUUGGUAAGGCCCAUAUUUGGCUAAGAAAGAACGUUACAUUUAUAGCGAUGAGAGAGAGCGGAGAGAGCACAUUUGCUCCUCACCCUCCAUGUGUUCUAAAUUUGCUGUCGCAAUUCCACAAUUCAAACUCAUUCAAUACAAAUGAAAGUACAGAGUGGUGAACAAAAAAUGGAUUUCAAUUUUGACCGUAAUUGAAAUAUUUAGUUGUUUUUAAAAGCUUUUAAUUCUGAUGCUUUAAUCAAUUUUAAUACAGACUGUUCAACAAAUGGAUAUUUUAUUUAAGUUCAAAAUUUAGUUUUUAAAUAUUAGAUUGUUUUUUUCUUAGUUUGAUCUCAUUUUUUAUAAAAUUGAAAACCGUUUAUGGUCUUACCUUUAUUUGUAAAUGAAGUCCAUGCGCCUAUCCUUCUCCACGAAAAUCUUCGUCCUCCUUAUUUUUUCCUUUAGUUUUAAAAGUCCUAAUUAUCCAUUUUGGGAGUCAGUCGAAAUAAAAAUAAACGGACUGCUGCAGUGCACUUGACUUUCUGAUAUCGCUGACUUAUUGGCGCCUCUGCGUAAAAGAACAGCAACGAUCACCUGUUGGGCUCACAUGCGCCCCCUUUUGUGCGGCACGGUACUGUCUGCCUCACCUUGUGCGGAUCAGCAAGAUUAAAUAUGUCGCACACAUUCAUUAAAGAUAUUAGCCAGACUGUAGAAAGUCAGGGUGUAUAAUAAACGUGCGUGCAAACAUUAUAUUGGUCACAUACAGAGAGACAGCAACAGAUACUCGCUAAUUGCAGGCAUCAACCCCGUGUGUGAGGGAGAGCGCAGUCUAAGGUGAGGUGAGGCUCGUUGCUGCUGCACCUCGUGUUUCUCCCCCAUAUUUGAAUAAGAAGUAAGCCAGUUCAGUGAUUUUGAAUAUAAAAAUUAUCAGAAUUGUUAGAAUCAUACAGAAAACAAAUUUACAGCACAGAGCAGUGGACACAUUUAUUUGAUGUUAUCAUUAUUGGUUUUUUUUGGCUUUUGAUGAUGACAGGUGAGGCUCUGGUCCCACCGCAGACUAGCUGGACUCCUACUUGAAUUAAGUGAGCCGUUGUUUCCAGUUUUUAAGUUUUUUUACAUUUUUACUGAAUGAACCAGGAAUUUGUAUGUGUGUCACGUGGGCAAGAAUUUGUUCUUUUUAUAUUGUAAUAUUCUGGUUAUUUAGACAGUCGCUUAUUAAUAGCACACAAGUGGAUAACCGUAAAGUAUAUUUGUGCUGCUGUCUGCUCAACAUUAAUUAUCUGUAUUCAGAUACAAUUAGUAAAGGAAACGUCACAGAAAAAGUGAAUAAUAACAAAAAUGCCAUAGGUUCAUUCCAUGUUAAAUCAAGCAAUGGCUAAUGCAAAUUGGGCUCCAAAAAUUCUGGAAAAGUUUCCAGGUUGUACCCAUGUUAGUUAGGAGACACCUUUUUGAUGUAACAUCAAUACUUUCCAAGAUACAGCCAGUUUACCAAGGGGAGGGGGGUUUUGAUUUUAUCGGCUUCAUUUUUUCAUCAAAUUUCACAAGUCCACAGCUCAAGAAUUAAACCACGAGCAGGCUCAGACUUUCCAGGCUGGUACAUUAAUUGGUAUAUUAUGUGUCAAAAUUAAAACAUUUGGUCCAGAUAACCCUGCAUGGUCAAAGCAGCCCCUUGGAACUGAGAAAAACUUAAUCUGAGUUUUUGACUUAGCUACAGUAUGUUUAGGCCACAGAAACACAUAUCUGCAACCAACACAGACUUUUGAUUUUUUUCCUUAUUCACGUAACUAUAUAGACUUUCUGAAAAAGCAAUAAACAGGAAAGUAACUGCAUCAGGGUUUGAACAGCAGACCUCUCAAAUCCAAAAAAUCAUUUUGGAUUUUAUUUUCAGAGCACCCUAACAUCAUGUGGGAAUUUGCACAUAAUUUAAAAAAAAUUUUUCAUUUAUUCUACAUUGUCCCUUCUAUCACUUAUGCAAAUCUUCUAUGUUUAUUUUCCAUCCUAAACAUAGGCUGAAUGUGCCAUGUGUCAAUAAUGGUAAUCAUUGAGUUUUCAAUCAGUAAGUUAUCAAAAAUGUCAAACUUUUUUACAUAUUAUUUGACGAUGUCCUAUCUCAUGUUGCUGAGCACAGAAUGUGAUUCUCCAUGGCAGAAAGAGUACCUGGUGGUUGAGAAUACCACUGUUACAUCCCUACAGAAGAUGGCAAACUUCUAAGCAGCCGGGUGUCCGGUGAAGACAGUCAAUUGACUAUCUGAAUUUUCACCACUGAAGCAGCAGCUGAGAUCCUGCCCUCUCACAAUCACAUCACACUCCUUAUGGAUCAAAUGCAUCCCUCACAUUAGACCAGUGUCCUACUGGAGGCUGUGUUGGGUGCAUGUAUGAUAAAAAUGUUGGAUUGGUGUGAUUCGUGGAAAGAGUGAAGCGGAAUCGGACAUCCUGAUAUGUUUCAUGCACCCAGACUCUCCUGCACAGUCUUUCCAUUGACCAUUUGGAGACAAUUUUUGUUGGGUGCCAUAGCAGUGUGUCAUUGCACUACUAAUCUGUUUAGUGUUCCUACAACGGUCAGUGUGAAGCAGUACCAUCUUGAUCUCAAGGACGAAGAUGCCCUACACUCUGCACUUUGAUUGAAACAGACAUGAAAUGGGUCACAUUCCUGCUGUUGCAAUACCAAGAUGUUAACAUUGAUGACAAGUCAAGCAGCUGUUUGUUCAUGUGUUGUGCUUAAUGUGCCUUUGGUGAUUUAUUUUUUUACAUUAAUCCUAUACCUAAAUUAGUGAUGAAGAACUUGAUGAUUAUCAUUACUUGCAAAUGGUGAAUUUAACCCAUGUUUAGAAUGGAAAAUAAACAUGAAAGAUUGAAAUAAGAAAAUUAAGAUGUGAUUUUUGAGAAAGAAGGAUCCAUGUAGGAUACAGGAAAAAUAAUUUUAAAAAUGUCUGGACAUUCCCACAGUGCAUUAAUUGGACCCAAAUGAUUUUUUCAUAUUUGAGAGGUCUGCUGGACAAACCCUGAUGCAGUUUCUUGUUUGUAUAGAACCUUCUGGAAAGCCCUGUGUAGGUAUCUAAACAUGGAAAAAAAAUGUUAUAAAGUAUGCUUUCUAAAAGCCUAAGCAUGGAGAACACGGGUGGACUUGGUUUGGUUUGGUUUCUAGAAAUCAGUUGAUUUGACAUGGAAUGACUCAGAAUAAAAAAUACAAAUACAUCUUAAUUUCCCCAAAGAGUAAAUUUGAUGUCACUUCACUCUUCUAAAUGCAAAAGAAAAGGAAAAAAAACAGGCACCUUAAUAAACAAUAGGAAUUCAUUAACAAAGGUUGAAAAUGGCUGAUUAAUGAACCAGUGGGAUCAAAAAGCUGCAGCCACCCCUGAGGACACUUCAUAGCAGAUCAUGAAGACCCUCACUGUGCACUGCUGUGUGCUGAACGUGCAGCAUGGCACUGCCUCCGUGUAACGUGGCUCGAGGGUCUGCACGAUGACACGCUGCAAGUGUAAGACAACUACAAAGAGCGAAGCUGCAGUGAGACCCUAAACUCGAUUAGAAAACGGCACACUGCUUAGGAAAGCGGACAGGCCUUCCUUUUCAUUUAGCCCCCUUUGGCCUGCCCAUCAGUUAGAGUGACCCUGGGACCCCAGAUGGCUCCUGAUCACAUGAGCAUAUUGGUUUUAAUUUGGAUAAAGAAUAAUGUCUGGUUUUUGUACAAGAAAAGAAGUCAUCAUUUACUGGUUGAAACACUGCCUGGAAACUCACAAAAUUUACAGGAGGAAGAAAAAUGAAGCCAUAGGUUGGAUACACAAGGCGGCCAGAAACGGCUCUUGAGAUCACUAAGACGAGGCUGAAAGCCCACUUGAAGGUAGAUGUCCUCCGGCAUACGACCUCCCAGCAACCACCAACAAACGAGACCUGCAGUCACUUAGAACUAAGAAAGUCGUUCACGUGAACCUAGCAGCAGUGUGCACCAAGUGUGUCAACUUCGUCCAGUCCAGGACUGUCAGGGCUGAACGUGUUUUAUUAUGAGUUGGAAAUGUUUAAUAAACGGUCAACACAAUCCAGUCCACUGCAGCAGCUCCGCAGCCCCUGGCCGGACACUCGCCGUUUUAGUUCAGAUUUCGUUCUUUGAUUUUGAUUUUUGUCCUCUCACUGCCCUGCAUGUUGCCUUUAGGCCAGAGCUCUGCAGGCUGGGGUGGGCACACGUCCCCCACUGGUCAGCUGGAUGUCUCCUUGAAUUGCGUAUUUUGGGAGUGCGAGCUCACAUGCCGUCUGUCUGUCUUUUUCUACCCCUCCUUGUAUAUUUAAUUGUCAAUUUUGUUAUGUACAGAUGCCUAGCCACGUUUUUCUAUACACUGAAAUAACACAAUCAGCAUAUAUUUUAGAACGCAUAGUCACUAUGAAUAGACCAAAGCAAAAGCCGUAACUGUUUGUGUGUCGUUUUAUUUUCUGUUGUUUUCCAGACAGCAUUGUAUGUAGCCAUCAUGUAAAUUUUUCAUGCUGUAAAUUUUCUGUACAAAGAAAGAAAAAGUGGUCUUUUUAAUAAAACCAGUGAAAACCA